AUGAAGAUAGUAUUUUGGAACAUCAGAGGCUUGAAGAGAUUAAAUGCUAAAGAUAAACUCAAAAGUUUAGUUCACUCUUCUUGUCCCUCUGUAGUUUUUGUUGCUGAACCAAAGGUGAGAGCUACUUCUGAUUUUUGCAAGAAAUUGAAUUUACCUAACAUGCAUCAUAAAGUAAUUCAUAAUUCUACUAAUACUAAGAAAGGUAAUAUUUGGAUGUCCUGGAAUGUGAACAUAUCUGCCCCUAAAUUUUUUUCUAUUACUGCUCAAUCCAUUACUGUUGAAGUAGGAGGUUGUUUGGUAACUGGAAUUCAUGCUGCCUGUUUAACUGUUGAUAGAAGAGAACUUUGGGAGGAGUUGGAAUUUUUGAAUUCUCAAGAUAAACCUUGGAUUGCCAUUGGUGAUUUUAAUACAAUAAUGAGUGUUAAUGAGAAGAAGGGAGGAAGGAGUCCUUUAACUAUAUCCAUGCAAGAGUUUAAUGAUUGUCUUAAUACUUGUGGUUUAAUUCAAGCACCUAAAUCUGGAGUGGAGUUCUCUUGGUGUAACAAUAGAGCUGGUACAAAGAGGAUCAUGUGCAAUUUGGAUAGAGCUGUAUAUAAUGCAAAAUGGCUAGAAAAGUAUCCUGGUUGGAGUUAUAAGGUGAAUGCUAGGGGGACUUCUGAUCAUAGUGCUUUAUUAGGAGCAAAUGCAGUAAUGCCAAAACCUGACAAUGUUCCUUUUAGAGCCUUGAAAGCGUGGCUUACUCAUCCAUAUUUUCUGAAGUUAAUAAAAGAAACUUGGGAAUAUAAUUUAAUUGGUAAUCCGGUUUUUAUUUUCUUAUCCAAGCUGAAAAGAGUAAAACAAAUUGUUAAAGAUUGGAAUUGGAAUGAUGUCAGAGCUCAGCUACAAAAAGCAGAAAAGGAGGUGAUCAAGGCAACAUUAAUUUCAGACAACCAACCAGAAAAUACAAAAAGACAAAGCCACAAUGCAAUAACAGAAUUGGAGAAUUCAGCAGGUAGCAUCAUUUCAACAGAGCAAGAGAUUUCAGAAACUCUGGUGGAACAUUUUGAGAACAAAUUUAAGAAACAAGAAGUAAACUUUGCUGAAGGUAUUUUUGAUAAUAUCCCAAAGAUCAUUAAUGAAGAAGAUAAAAACAUGCUUAAUGUUAUUCCAACUAGAAAAGAAAUUUAUACUGCAGUAAAAGAAAUGGAUCCAGACAGUGCUCCUGGUCCAGAUGGCUUUGCUGGUUGGUUCUACACGAGCACAUGGGAUAUAAUUGGUGAUGAUUUAACCCUUGCAAUUCAGUUUUGUUGGAGUAGAGGUUUUAUCCCCAAAGUAAUGAAUGCAAAUUUUCUUACUCUGCUGCCUAAAGUUCAAGGUGCCAAGAAAGCUUCUCAAUUUAGACCCAUUGGGAUGAGUAAUUUCUGCUUCAAUAUUUUCAAAAAAAUCAUUACUACAAGAAUAGGCGGGGUCAUAGAGAAAAUUGUAUCUCCACAGCAAGGUGCUUUUAUCAAAGGGAGGAAUAUUCAAAAUCAAAUAGUGUUAGCUUCUGAAUUAAUAAAUGAGAUGGAGACAACUAGAAGAGGGUGGAAUGUUGGUUUGAAACUGGAUAUUACACAGGCAUAUGACUCUCUCAGUUGGGACUUCUUAUUUCAAGCUAUGUACACUUUUGGAUUUUCAGCUAAAUUCAUUCAAUGGUUACUAGUACUCUUUCAGUCUACUAGAAUAUCAGUCAUGGUAAAUGGAGGCCCAGGUGGUUUUUUUCCUAUUGGUAGAGGUUUGAAGCAAGGUGAUCCUCUUUCACCUAUUUUGUUUAUCAUUGCUCAGGAAAUUCUAAGUAGAAAAUUAACUCAGAUGGUGCAAGAAAAGAAAUUGAUUCCAAUGGUAACUAGAAAUGGUAUUCUGCCAUCACAUAUUUUCUUUGCUGAUGACAUUUUUCUGUUUUUCAACGGAGAUAAGAUAAACAUUGGUAAUCUAGUAAAACUCUUGAAGGACUAUCAACAAUCAUCUGGUCAAAUAGUGAGUAUGGAAAAGAGCAAAUGCUUUGUAGGUGGCACUUCUGAAGCUAGGAAAAACCAAAUUGCAGAAUAUUUUGGUAUGUCCUUAUCUAAAUUUCCUGAUAAAUACUUGGGUGUUAACUUGGUUCCUGGGAAAAUUAAAUCAUCUCAUGUAUGGGAAUGUGUAGAAGCAUUACAAAGUAAAAUGCCUGGCUGGAUGGGUAAAAUGCUGUCAUUUCAAGAAAGAUUAAUAUUGGUGAAGCAUGUUUUAUGUAGCAUACCAAUUUACAAUAUGUCAGUGUAUAAAUGGCUUAGGAAAGUCUUGUCAGCAUGUGAUAGGAUAAUUAGAAACUCUCUUUGGUCAGGUGAUCCAUCUAAGAAGAAGUUAUUGACAGUAAAAUGGGAAGAAAUAAAUGCUCCUUUUGCAGAAGAGGGGCUUGGAUUGAGAAUUUUAAAAGAUAUUAAUAAGUCUCUACUGAUGAAGUUAACUUGGAAAAUGCAAAAUGAUGAAGAUGAAUGGGCUAAAUUCUUUCAAGCAAAAUUUCAAGAUAAACAUGGAGAGUGGAUCAAUUACUAUAAAAAAUCUUCUAUUUGGAUUGGGAUCAAAUGGGUUCUUGAUGAAGUUUUUAUUAACUCAAGAUGGAUUGUGGGGGAUGGGAAAAAUAUCUCAGUGCAAGAUUUAUUAGCAAAUGGGGAGUGGGUAAUUCCAGCUGAGCUAUCUAAUAUGAUAAAUGUGGAAGAACUGCCUGUGGUAGAUGGUCAAAAAGAUAGGAAAAUAUGGAUAUGGUCAAAAACUGGAGAAUUCACAGUGGCAACUGCAGUGGAGUUGGCUGGGUGGAACUUUUUCAUUCUUUAUCCUAUAUCUUUUGAUGAAGUAUUCUCCAUGGCAAAGUCUAAAAGCCCAGCUGUGAAGGAAAUUUGGAUGUCUGCUGCUCUUAUAACUAUAAAAGAGUUAUGUUUUCAUAGAAACAGAGUGGUGUAUGAUGGAUUCCAACCAAAUGAAGAAGAGGUGAAGAGCAGAAUCUUUCAUUUUACAAAGGAAUGUGAAGUCAGGAUGAAAGGGUGUAUGUGGAACACAAUUGAAGACUUGCAGAUUCUCAAUUUUUUUGGGAUGAAAUGCAGGACAGUAAAGAAUUCCAGAAUACAACAAUGUUUUUUCUCUUUACCCAUUGAUGAUAAAAUCUUACUAUGCUGUGAUGGUGCUUCAAGAAACAAUCCAGGUGAAGCAGGAUAUGGCUUUAUUGGCAGAGACAAUACAGGUGGAUGUUUGAUUGUUGUUGCAAGGGGGAUAGGCAUUGCAACUAACUACAUGGCAGAAUUUUUUGCAGUCAUAAAUGCAUGUGAAUGGGCCAUUAGUAAGGGUUUCUUACAAGUAUGUAUCAGGACCGACUCAGCAUCAAUACUCAAUUCUUUGGUAACCAAGAGAAUUCCAUGGUAUAUUCAAACUAGAUGGAAUAAGAUUAUUUCUACCCUGGUUAGCUGUGAAUUCAUUCACAGUUAUAGGGAAGUGAAUUUUUCAGCAGAUGGGCUUGCAAAAUUGGGAGCUACAUUACUGAGAGGUGAAAAGAGGAUUUUUUUGCAUAAGCCUUCUUUCUUGGGUAGAUUGGAACAAACAAAUAAGGCAUAUUAUAGAUUCAUGUAA